UAUUUCUCCUAGAAACCUCAUUGAUGCAUUUGAACACAUAGUUUGACCUUUGUAUCACUUUCACUGUUCUCAAUUCAAUUUUUAAUUGUGUUCCACCCAAUAUUCUCUCUCUCUCUCUCUCUCUCCCUCUCUAUAAAUACAUGCUAAUAAGUAAUAGAACUAACCAACAACCAAUAUUGUAUGCUAUCCCCUUACUUCAUUCUCUCUCUAGCAAGUAACUAAUGGAGCAUCGAUAUUCAGAAAAUCUGCAUUCCCCCGGAGCAGAACUUGUUCAAAAAACACUUCUGCAGAAGCUGUCAGCUUUAACGAGAUUCCACGCGGGUUACUUUCGCAUAAGCCUUUCCCUCUGCGCCCAAGCCCUGCUAUGGAAGACCCUCUCUGCCGCCGACCCCCGGGCGCUCCACUUUAUCCUCCACCUCCUCCCCGCCGCCGCCUUCGACGUUCUCUGGUCCUUCGCACUGUCGUCCCUCGUCGUGCUUUGCGCUCUGUACGCAAUUCGCUGCGCCUGCCGCUUCGAUUGCUUUAAGGCCGAGCUCGGCCACCACGUCGGCGUCAACUACCUCUUCGCCCCGUGGGCCUCCGCGCUCCUCCUCCUCCAGUGCGCCCCCUCGCCCUUCCUCCGUCCCGAGCGCCCCGCGUACCACGUCCUCUGGUGGGCGUUUGCGGUCCCAAUUCUGGUGCUGGACGUGAAAGUGUACGGGCAGUGGUUCACCAAGGGCCGGAAAUACUGCCUGUCUCACGACCGGCGCUAUUUUGGCGAUCGAUGA